GAUAAUGAAACGAUCAUCAUGCAUACUGAAAAUUCUAGAGAGAGAGAGAGAGAGAGAGCAAUGGCUGAUGCCUUAGUCGGAGCUGAAGUGAGAUCAAUCUUCAUAUACCCCAUAAAAUCGUGUCGUGGAAUUUCUGUUUCUCAAGCUCCAAUCACUCUCACCGGAUUUCGGUGGGAUCGGCAAUGGUUGAUUGUAAAUGGGAAAGGUAGGGCGUAUACUCAGCGAGUUGAACCUAAGCUUGCUCUGGUUCGAGUAGAGUUGCCAAUGGAGGCGUUCUCGGAAGAUUGGGAACCUACUAAGAGCUCGUGUUUAGUUAUAAGAGCUCCUGGCAUGGAUGAGCUAAAGGUACCAUUGAGAAGACCUGGUGAUAUUUCUUGUGGUGUCUCUGUGUGGGAGUGGUCUGGUUCAGCCUUUGAUGAGGGGGAAGAAGCAUCAAAAUGGUUCUCAAAUUAUCUUGGAAAACCUAGUCAGCUGGUGCGUUUUAAUGAAGCAACUGAGAACAGGGCUGUGGACCCUAAUUAUGCUUGUGGAUACAAAGUUACAUUUUCUGAUGGGUAUCCAUUCAUGCUACUAUCGCAGAGUUCAUUGGAUGCUCUGAAUAAGCUUCUAAAGGAGCCCAUACCUAUCAACCGUUUCAGACCCAAUAUCCUUGUUGGUGGCUGUGAACCAUUUUCUGAGGACUUGUGGAAGGAGAUUAAGAUAAACAAGUUCACAUUUCAGGGUGUCAAGCUAUGCUCCCGCUGCAAGGUGCCCACAAUUAAUCAAGAAACUGCAAUUGCUGGCUCUGAGCCAACCAAAACUCUUAUGACAUUCCGUUCAGAUAAAGUUUUGCGGCCAACCAGAAAACACCAGGGCAAGGUUUACUUUGGACAAAAUUUAGUCUGUAAGGACUCCUUUACGGGAGGGAAGGGAAAGAUGAUCAAGGUAGGAGAUCCUGUUCGUGUCGUUGAGAUGGUACCGUCCUGCGACGAUGCGCCGGCUUGAGCUGUCAACAGUAGCCGUUUGUAUGAAAUGUUAAGAAUAAGAAAACAUGUUUUCAUGGCAAUAAGAUAACUUGUAGAUAUUCUGCUAAUUUCUGUGACAAUUUAUAGCGGCCUUCGCUUAGAGAUGCCAACUAGCCAAUGUCUGGAGAGGCUGUGGACAUUCGGUGAAGUGAUGGCAAGGAUCAAUAUAUGCUUGCUUGCAUAAGCUAUUAACAGCUCUUCUGUCACAAGGAAUGCGUUCUUCUCUAUUUGAAGAUGCAUUUACAUCACUGUAUCUGGUCAAUCUGAGAUUGCCAUCUUGGUAGCAUAAGGCAAGGUUUUGUAGGCCUCUUGUACCAUAUGUAUAUCAUGAUAGCUUGCAUCAAACUAGCAAGUGCAUAUGCACAGGGAACUAUGGCCACUUUCCCCUUGGCCCCCUUCACCUAAUUUCCUUUUGAACUUUGCUAAGUGCUAAGAAGCCCUUCCUCUAUUCAUAUAGAUUGAUUCAUUAAGUCUA